GCCCAAGAAUGGGCCCCAGGGCAGUGGUCACGCCUUCUCUUGUUUGGGGGCUGCUAAGUUGCUGCUUCCUCUGCGAUUGGGCUCUGGGGAGCCAAAGGCCCUUCCGCUCUCUGCCUCCACUAUCCUCCCAAGCCAAGCCAGGCCCCGGGCCCACGUGGAAUCCCCCGCAGGGGGCCAACGCAGCCCUGGCCUUUCUCUACUCUGGAGAUGUUCAUCACCUGUCAGGGGCUAAUUGCAGUGAGAGUUACGAAGUCCGUGGGGCAGAAGGCAGAGUGGGCAUCCCCCCAGUCCUACAGAGAGCAGCGGGCACCCUGGCCCAGGCUGCCAAUUUCCUCAACAUGCUCCUACAAGCCAACGACAUCCGGGAGUCGAGCGUGGAGGAGGAUGUUGAGUGGUAUCAGGCACUGGUCCGAAGUGUGGCAGAGGGGGACCCAAAAGCCUACAGGGCUCUACUGACCUUUAACCCUCCACCAGGGGCCAGCCACCUUCAGCUGGCCCUGCAGGCCACUCGGAUGGGGGAUGAGACCAUCCUCCAGGACCUGUCUGGGAACAGGGUACAGGAAGAAAAUCCAGAAGAGGACCUGGUCAGCCUUGGCUUGCAGAAGAGAGUACUGACCAAUGACCUAAGGAGUCUUGACAGCCCUAAGUGGCCACGGGGAGAUGGAUAUGUAGGGGACAUCCAUCAGGUGAAGCUGUCUCCUCCCUUCCUGGAAUGCCACGAGGGCCGGCUCCGUCCUGGCUGGCUCGUCACAGUCUCAGCCACAUUCUAUGGACUCAAGCCAGACCUCACCCCGGAAGUCAGGGGGCAGGUGCAGAUGGACAUCGACCUCCAAAGCGUGGACAUCAAUCAGUGUGCAAGCGGCCCAGGCUGGUACUCGAACACCCACCUGUGUGAUCUCAACAGCACUCAGUGUGUCCCUCUGGAGAGUCAGGGUUUUGUCCUUGGCCGUUAUCUCUGUCGCUGCCGACCUGGAUUCUACGGUGCUGGCAGUUCUGGGGGGUUAGAGGAGCGUGCAAGUCAGACUGCCGGCCAGUUCGGGUCCCCACAAGGCAGCUUGGGGAAGCUGCUGCGGUGCCAGCCAUGUCCUGAGGGCUGCACCAGCUGUCUGGAUGCCACACCAUGCCUGGUGGAGGAGGCCCUGGCACUGAGGACGGCAGUGCUGGGCUGCCAGACCUGCUGCAUGCUGGCGGUCUUCCUGAGUAUGCUGGUUGCCUACCGUUGCCGAGGGAGCAAGAGGAUCCGGGCUUCUGGAAUCUUCCUGCUGGAAACCAUCCUUUUUGGAUCCUUACUGCUCUACUUCCCUGUGUUCAUCCUCUACUUCAAGCCCAGUGUGUUCCGCUGUAUCGCUCUCCGCUGGGUCCGGCUGCUGGGCUUUGCCGUCGUCUAUGGGACCAUCAUACUGAAGCUUUAUAGGGUGCUCCAGCUGUUUCUGUCUCGAACGGCCCAGCGGGGUCCACAUCCAAGCAGUGGGCAGUUGCUGCGGCGUCUGGGGCAGCUCCUACUGUUGGUAUUGGGCUUCCUGGUUGUGUGGACGGCGGGCGUCCUGGAGCCAGGCAUCGAGCACACGCCUCUGGUGACCCGAGGCCACACUCCCACCGGCCGCCACUUCUACCUCUGUCACCAUGACCACUGGGACUACAUCAUGGUUGUGGCGGAAAUGCUGCUGCUGUGUUGGGGCAGCUUCCUCUGCUAUGCCACCCGGGCUGUCCCCUCGGCCUUCCAUGAACCACGCUACAUGAGCAUCGCCCUGCACAAUGAGCUGCUCCUCUCUACGGUCUUCCACACCGCCAGGUUUGUGCUGGUCCCUUCCCUGAACCCAGACUGGACACUUCUCCUCUUCUUCCUCCACACCCACAGUACAGUCACAGCCACCCUAGCUCUGAUCUUCAUCCCGAAGUUCUGGAAGCCAGGGGCACCUCCCCGAGAGGAGAUCUUGGAUGAAGUGUAUGAGGACGAGCUGGAACUGCAACGCUCAGGCUCCUACCUCAACAGCAGCAUUGCCUCAGCCUGGAGUGAGCGCAGCCUGGACGCAGGGGAUAUCCGGGAUGAGCUGAAGAAGCUCUACGCCCAGCUAGAGGUCCGCAAGACCAAGGAGAUGGCGGCUAACAACCCCCACCUGCCCAAGAAGCGGGGCAGCUCGCGCCAGGGCCUGGGGCGCUCUUUCAUGAGGUACCUGGCUGAGUUCCCCGAGGCCCUGGCUAGGCAGCACUCCCGGGACUCGGGCUCUCCAGGCCGCGGCAGCCUGCCAGGCUCUUCCAGACGCAGGCUUCUCAGCUCCAGCCUUCAAGAAGCCGAGAAGCCACCGGCCCUGCGCAAGACCCGCAGCACCUAUGAGCACCACAGGGAGCAUGACACGCUGAGGAGAACCCUGUCCAGGAGGGCCUCGCCAGCCUCGGAGGGCCACGGAGAGGGGCCCCCAGCGCUGGGCUUCAGGUCGGCCAGUGCUCACAACCUGACGGUGGGAGAAAGGCUCCCCCGCGCCAGGCCCAUCUCCCUGCAGAAGUCCCUCAGUGUGGUGGCUGGCUCCAGGGAAAAGGCUCUGCUUGUGGCCAGUCAGGCCUACCUGGAGGAAACCUAUCGGCAGGCCAAAGAGAGAGAGGAGCGAAAGAAGGCUGAGGCCGCCACGGUGAGCCCAGUGCGGAGGCCGGUGAGCCCAGUGCGGAGGCCGUCGGCCAGGAGGUCGGAGCGGCCCCUGAGGGCUCCCCUCUCAGCCCCACCUUCCCCGGCCAAGAGCAGCAGCGUGGACGGCUCUCACACCCCCGGGAGGCCUCACGAGGAGGCUGGCAGGAGGCUGCCUCACGCACCCAUCCGGCACCAGGUCUCCACACCCAUCUUCGCUCUGUCUGGGGCCUACCUGGGAGAGCCAAGAAUGCUGUCUCCCACCCCGACCCCCACACUGGCUCCUGUUCCGUUGCCAGCUCUGGCCCCGGCCCCCACCUCUGUCCUGGCACCCGUCCCAAUGCCCCCCCAGAGCCCCACCCUACUCACUUUCAUCUGCCCCUGGGAGAACGCAGAACUGCCGGGCAAGAAAGAAAAUGUGGUCCAGGAAGGCCCCACGGGGCCAGAGCAAAGCAGCCACCCCCCUGCCUCAGCUCGUACCAAGAUCUGGAGGGCGCUCUCGGUGGCAGUGGAGAGAAGGGGGACUGGGGAGAGUGAGAGGACCGCAGAGGACGGACAUGUCCAGGCGGAAGCUGAUGAUGCGGAUGAGGACAAGCCCAAGGUCCUCUCAAAAUCCCACAGCCUCAAGACACCACUGCAGCAGGGCUCCGUGCGCAGCCUGGGCCUGGCCAUCAAGGCUCUGACCCGUUCCAGGAGCACCUAUAAAGAGAAGGAAGCUGGGGAGGACGCCUCCGAGACUGGGAAGGGAGAGCCCGCGGGAGCGAGCACGGGCGCUCCACCCCGAUCUCCCAGGCUAGGCCGGCCCAAAGCAGUGAGCAAGCAGGCGGCCCUCACCCUCUGUGAGGAUGAGGAGUCCCUCCAGAACCAACAGAAUGCCCACACCAGCAGAAUGCUCCAGGUCUGUCACAAAGAGGGCAGCAGAGAACAAGAAAAUAGGGACAAGAGGGCAUCACAGGGCCCCGGGGAGAGGAGAGGCGAGAGGACCAGUAAAAUGGGGCUUGCUACACUGAGGCAAGUUUUUGGGGAUAAAAAUGCUGAACAGGCGAGGGAAUCCUCUGUGGGAGACCAAGAGGUGGCAAAUACCGCCCUCCCGCCCCUCGGCAGUGCUGACCACAGGGUGGCAGAGGUAUGCCCCUGGGAAGUAACUCAACCAGGGAUAUGCCAGCCAGAGGAUAGCAGCAAGGCCCAAAUCUGUCCCUGGGAGGGGACUGAAGGAGGCCUUGAGAAGACUCCAUCAAGACAAGUUCUAAGUAGUUCCUGGGAAGGGAAGGAGAAAGCCCCAGAGGAAUCAGAACCUGGGGGUGUGGGUGCCAUUAUUGGGAAAAAGCCAGAGAGGCUGGUCCGGAGCCAGGAGGCAGUGUGUCCUUGGGAAAGUGCCGACCCUGGAGGUCUGUCUCCUCAGUCGGCCCAUCAGGACUCUGACAGAACCCAGGGCAGGUCUGCAGAAGCAGGCAGUACGGAGGUGAGGAGGAGAGAAAGGUACCCAGAGGUUCUCCCGCCCGAGGUUGCCAAGGCUGAGCUGUGCCCCUGGGAGCUGAGUGACGGGGAGGAGACAUUGGCCCAGAGAGUGAAAGAACCCCCCGAAGAAAGGCAGAAAUCCCCCCAAAAGGGAACUUUCUGGAGCGAACAGAAUCUGGGCAGAGACCUGGUGUCUCUUUGUCCUUGGGAAAGUACAGAUUUCCGGGGUCCCUCAGCAGUCUCACUUCAAGCCCCGGGAAGCUCAGGGAGUCUGGGCAGCGGUAUUGCAGAGGUCUGCCCAUGGGAGGUAGGAGAUGCACCUACAGACAGGAAAGCUGAGGUCUGUCCCUGGGAGCUGGGAGCAGAAACACUGAAUCAGGGAACAGAGGGGGGGUCUCUCCCGGGAAAGGAGACUGCAUCCAGGAAGGGGUACUUGGGAGAGAUGGGGGAGCAAACUGCGAGGACAGCGCCUACAGUCUAUCAGGGGCAGGAGUCAGUGUGCCCCUGGGAGGACCCAGCCCCCGAGCAGUCCAGCCCACAUCCAGACAACUCCUCAUCUAAGGGUGCUGAGCAGUUCCUAAGCAGUGGGGACAGCCAGGCGCUGCAAGUGUGUCCUAGGGAAGCGCUCAAGCCAGAAGAAAAGCAGGCAGCACCCUCGACGGCAGAAAUCUGUCCCUGGGAAGUCGAUGGAAGAACCCAAGCACCCUCGACCGCAGAAAUCUGUCCCUGGGAAGUAGAUGGAAGAACCCAGGACAGGGCAUCAGAACACACACUCAAAGGAAGAGAAUCUCAAAAAGACGAGGAGAAAAUACCCGGAAAAGCAAGAAUCCAAACGUGGGAAAAGGCUGGGGGGCAGAUCCAAAAGCAGGAAGCAAUCUGCCCCUGGGAGAGCUUGGACCCUAGCAGCACCCCGCAAAAAGACUCAGGGAAACCCCAAGCCACUCUCCAGAGGCAAGGCAGUGUGGGAGCCAAAGCUGCUGAGAUCUGCCCGUGGGAUGUGGAGGAGAGCCUGACAGCUGAGAAGGCCAAGAGCUGCCCCUGGGAGGUGGGUGCUGCUGGGGCUGGAGAGGAAAGAACUGUGGGAGCCGAAGCCUGUGGGGUCUCUCGGAAUGAUACAGCUCAGACUGCCGCAGACUCUGGGCCCAGGCAGAGAGCUGCUACUCCUCCAAAGAAGCCAGAGAGGCCAGGCCUGGAGAAGGAGGUGGUCUGUCCCCGGGACAGCGUGGGUCCAGGGGACUCUUCUCGGCAGCCAGAUGCUCUGAGCUCUGAGAAACCAAAAGAUGGGCUCCAGGAACUGGACCACACGGGCUCCAGGCCAACAGAGGUGUGUCCCUGGGAAGUGAGGGAAGUGGAGCAAGAGUCGGGGAGUGAGCCAGCGGAGCGAGGCCCAAGGAAGCUGGAAAAGGUGGGGCUUCCCUUCCAAGAGGGGACAUCCAAAGGGGAUGCAAAACUCCGCCAGGAACAGGAAGCCAUCAGCCCUCGGAAGGACGAGGAUUUGAGGGAACCAUCUGCCCAGGCCCCCACGGUCUCAGAUUUGCCCAGCAGCAUCAGUAGUCAGGUUGCAGAGGGCCAGUCCUCAGAAGCGAGUGACAGGGUAACAGAGAAGGGAAGCCUGCGACAAAACCUGAGGUCGGGUUCCCUCCCAGAACACACACCCCAAGAAAAAGCUACAGCUUCGAAAUCCCAGUUCCCUGCUGACGGGGAAGGAACAAGCAAGGAGCUCCAGUCUGUCUGUCCCUGGGAGAGCGUGAUGACGGCCAGCCCCUCCCUGCACCCUCCCGGUCAGUACUCUGACCAACCCAGAGCCAGCGCCCAGACACCCGUCAGUACUGGCGGAAGGGCUGCGGAGGUGUGCCCAUGGGAUGCUCCGGUCCCAGAUCAGUCUGACCCUGACAGUGACACCGAGGCUGAAGUCUGUCCCUGGAAGGUGACGGGGAGAAUUACGGAGACACAGAUAUCAGAACAGGAUGGAAAGGAGGAAUCUCAAGAAGAAAAAGAAAGAGCCCCUGAAAAACCAGAGCCCAAAGGUGUGGCAGUCCAGAAAAUGCCACAGACCAGGAGCUUUGGGGAGCAGGAAGCUAUGUGUCUCGGGGAGAGUCAGGACUUUGGGGUGCAACCAGCCACAGGUGCUUCUGAUGGAGGCAAGGGCAGUUCUGAGAAAGUGGACUGUGUGGGGGUCAGGGAGGCAAAAGUGUGUCCUUGGGAAGUAGAAGAAGUUCCCUCUGCCAAGAAAGCGGAGAUCUGCCCUUGGGAAGCAAGUUCAGGAAUGGUGGGGGAGGGGGCACUGGACCAGGGGCAGGAUGGAGAGUCACAGGGGGCUGGAGGGGCUGAAGGACCCUUUUUAGAAGCGGCAGAGGCAGUCUACCCCUCAGAAGGCACAGCGACAGCAGGGCUAUUUCCGGAGGCAGACCCCGCGGACACAGACCACCCCAAGGUCAGCCCCCAUGGAGCAAGUAGCCCAGGGCAGAGGCUAGCAGAAUUAUGUCAAUGGGAAGUGACAGACCCAGAAGGAAAUAAAAUCAAGGGCACCAUGGCAGACAUCUGUCCAUGGGAGGAAAGCAGACCCCCAUCUGAUGAAUCAGGUCCCCUGGCUUUACCAACAACCCAGCCAGAUGUCCCUGCCGCCCCUGAGAAAUCACUCUGCCUCUCGGUACACAGACCUUUGGAGACCUUUCUUCCAGAGAGCAAGAGCGUCCACCCAGAAGUGAGGAAGGCACCCAGUGCUCUUCCUCUGGAAGGUGUCAGAGAAGAUGGGCCUUUGGGACUUGAGCCUGGAGCCAAGUCAGACCCAGAGCCAAGUCUCCAAGAAGUGGAGGCUGCGAAGUCUCUCUCCUUGACUGAAGACCAAGGGCAAAUGACUUCUGAGGCUCAAGAUGGAGAACCCAGCCCUCCACCUGCUUAUCCUUGGGACUGUGAGUGACAGCACCAUAGUGAGGUCAGAGCUACUUCAGGACACUUCCCACGUUCCAGUUCCCAAGGAGCUGCCUCAAAGACAGCCUCAAAGACAGACGCUUGGCUACUUCCUCUCCCCAAGAGGCCAACUGGCAACUCAUUCAAAAGGAACUGUACAAGAAGGGUGCAGCGUGGCCCCCAAGGGAUAUCCCGUCCUCUCCACUUCUCUGUCUGCUUGAGGAAACAAAAGCCGGACCCUCCCCUUCUAAAGAAUUCUGCUAUUUGUCCAGCGUACCUGACACCAGUCAUUCAAAUCUGAACUCUCACUUAAACGGAGUUUACCCAAGGCAGCAAAGACCCAGACCACACGAGGCAGUGGCAAUUGGGAACUGUGGGCGAGGGAAGGCUAUCGAGCCAUGUGAUUUAGGAUGACAGACAGGGCUAGAAUGUGGCUCAGUGGUUAAGAGCAUGCCCUGCUCUUGCAUGGGACCUAGGUUUUGCUCUCAACACCCAUAUCAAAUGAUAUCUCAACACCCAUAUCAAAUAUCCAGCUCUGGGGAAUCCUCCAAUUUCUUCUGGUCUCUGAGGCCAUUCAUGUGCACAUACCCCCAGACAGACACACAGACACACACAAAACUAAAAUUAAAAUAAAUAUUUAAAAGAUGAAAGAUAAGUCAGAGGAAAAGGAAGACAAAAUAUGUGCCCCCCAAAAAAACCUCACCGACCUAGACCACCUUCUCAUCCCAUUCCCUGACAUGGUCCCACGGAGCCCAGGCUGGUCUAGAACUCUCUAUGUAGCCAAGGCUGACCUCACUCUUCUCAUCCUCCUGCAUCACACUACUGAGUUCCAGGGUUACGGGGUGCACCACCAUGCCCAGUGUAUGCAGUGGUGGCAAAUGCGUGCUAGGCAAGCUCUGUCACCUGAACUAUAACCCCAGCCCUGCCUUUGUCUUUCUGUGGGUAUGUGUGGUGCUACAGACUGAACCCCGAUCCUCAGGAAUCGGCAAGUCACAUCCCCAGCUCAAGGGCUUUGUAUUUGAUUUGAACCUCCAAUUUCUCCUUGAUUAUUUCCCAUUUGUGCCCUGACUGAUGGCUGAAGUGUCAACAAUUAGACGCUCUGACAUCUAUGUCACAGCUGGUGUCCACAGUGACACCACAGAACAGACAAGGAAAAACACUUCUCAGGGUCCUCCCCACACUGUACAAGGUGUUCUCCCUUCCAGAUGUGCUCAGUAAGCCAUCUUCCCGUUUUCCUGGCCCAACUCUUGCCAUCUCCACAGCUCACCUCCCUGCCUCCUCUUCCUGGUGUUUCUGUAGUCAGCAAAAAGGACCCCUCUUUAGUAAAUGCAGCCAAGGGGAGAGAUCUCUGGUUCUUAGGCAAGAACCACUCUGACUCAUUUGCACCCCUUCCCAGAGGAGCCUGGGAAAGAAAAGAGGUCCUGUUCACAGUCAGAAUCCCAGCUGCUACCUUCAGAAAGAGUAGCUAGCACUCCUGGCCAAGUGAGAAGCCCAAGGGCUGGGCAAGGCACCACGUAAACACAAAACCUCUUAGCAGCUCACUGUGUCUUGGCUCUCCUGUCAACAAUCAUUCAGGCUACCUUGCUUAAGCAGCGUGAGAUAACAGAGGGUUGCUGUUAUAUGAUAUCACCAAAGGGAAACUAGGAAAGAGGAAAAUGGCUUGGGAGAGCAAGAAGGACUGCAGACAGGCAGACUAUUGUAGCUGAGCGGCUACAUUCAGGACAACAGCGGGUCCCACUCGCUAACCGGACCGUACAGAGGUGGAAAACCCCAGAUGAGACCAAAUGCCCAGUGAGCAAACCGGGAGUCUAUAUGCAAAUGCCUCACAGAAAAAACAGCUGAGUACUCCAUUUCCAAAAGGGAACAGAUUAACAGUCACCCACUCUCCUUUGGGGGCCAGCUGCCCUCAUUCCCACACAGAGCCCUCCUACAUACCCAGUUCUUCUGCACUGGGUUUCUACAGCAGUGUGUUGUUCUGGGCUGUGGCUACUUAGCCCUGCAACUUCUGAGCUCAGGUAGACUUCACUAACUGUGCACCCCAGAGCAAUCCCACUGGGUCUAGUCUAGGUGAAAAAAGCAAAAUUAUCUCCACAUUCAAUGUUACAAAUAGCCACCUGGGGAAAUAAUAAAGAAUGCUUGUUCUUAGCUACUGUACUUGGCUCCAGCUUAUUUAUAAUGGUGGAUUUGUCAACAGAGG